GGAAGAAAGAAAAACACAUGAACAAAUGAAUUAUUAAUUUGGCGUGAGAAAAACAUGAGUAGAAGAACGAAAUAAAGGAAAUAAAUAGAUUUGGAGGGAAAAGAAAAAGAAAAGAAGAGAAGAAGAGAGUAGCGAUGCCGGUGGCGAGGCCAGAGACUUGUGAUGGAAGAGUCAUUGCUCACGUUGACAUGGAUUGCUUUUACGUUCAGGUUGAACAGAGGAAGCAACCUAGUUUAAGGGGUUUGCCUACUGCAGUUGUACAGUACAAUUCCUAUAAAGGCGGAGGCUUGAUUGCUGUUAGCUAUGAAGCUCGCAAAUGUGGAGUCAAACGUUCAAUGCGGGGUGAUGAAGCAAAGAAAGCAUGCCCACAAAUUCAAUUGGUUCAAGUCCCUGUAGCACGUGGUAAAGCCAACCUCAACACAUAUAGGAAUGCAGGAUCAGAGGUUGUUUCGAUUCUUUCACGGAAGGGUCGAUGCGAGAGAGCUUCAAUUGAUGAGGUGUAUCUUGACCUCACCGAUGCUGCUCAAACUAUGUUAAUGGAAACUCCUCCUGAAAGCGUGGAAGAUGUUGAUGAGGAAGUUCUCAAGUCACAUGUUUUGGGGCUUCAAAUUAAGGAUGGAGAUGAUGCUAAAGAAGAAGUUAAGAAGUGGCUUUGUAGGAGCGAUGCUAGCUACCAAGAAAAGCUAUUAGCUUGUGGGGCCUUCAUUGUUGCCGACCUCAGGAUGCAAGUUUUGAGAGAGACAGAAUUCACAUGCUCUGCUGGUGUUGCUCAUAAUAAGAUGCUUGCUAAACUUGCUAGUGCUAUGAACAAACCUGCACAACAAACAGUUGUGCCACAUUCAUCUGUUGCAGGGUUACUUGAGUCUUUUCCGAUAAAGAAAAUGAAACAGCUUGGAGGAAAGCUGGGGACUUCUUUACAAAGUGACCUUGGUAUCAAUACCGUUGGUGAUUUGCUUCAGUUUUCAGAGGAGAAGCUACAACAAUGUUAUGGGAUCAAUACUGGUACUUGGUUGUGGAAUAUUGCGAGAGGAAUCAGUGGGGAAGAAGUUGAGGGGCGACUACUUCCCAAGAGUCAUGGUUCUGGAAAGACAUUUCCUGGGCCUCAAUCUUUGAAGACAAUUGUUUCUGUUCAACACUGGCUUAAUGAACUGUGUGAAGAGCUGAGUGAACGCCUUGACUCUGACAUGGAUCAAAACAAACGGAUUGCGCAUACAUUGACUCUGAAUGCUAGAGCAUAUAAGAAAGGGGAUUCAGAUUCACAUAAAAAGUUCCCUUCUAAAUCUUGUCCUUUAAGAUACGGGACUACAAAGAUCCAAGAGGAUGCCCUAACUCUAUUUCACGCUGGAUUACGUGAUUUUUUGGGCUUUUGCAAGACCCACGGCAGUGAAAAUAACUGGGGAAUAACUGCACUUUCUGUUUCUGCGAGUAAGAUUGUCCCCAUACCAUCUGGGACACAUUCAAUUGCUAAAUACUUCAGUGAGCGACUUCCAUCUGGUUCUUCAUCAAAUCAAUCAGUAGAUAAUCUCAUUGAUGAAGUUGCACCAUCGUCACCUUCAGGUAGUGAAAAUUGUUUGGGAGUGAUUCCUAAUGAAUUGCAACUUGAAUAUCCUGAAGAAGACAUGGGAGUGAACCAUUCAAAGGUUUGUCUAGAUCAACAGGAUCUGUUGAGCAAUUUAUCCGAGAAAGUAGAUGGCUUUACUGAAGCAUCCUCCCUUGUGGCUCCCCCAGAAAAUGAAGUCAGGAUAACACAGAAUAAGCCAUAUAGAGAUUUACCUGCAAAAGAAUCUAGGCUUGCUUCCAACAUCUCCAGUUUGAAAGCAGUUGAGAAGAAAAAGGCAACAGGAAAAAAGCCUCAAGGGAAUUGUUCAAUUACGAAAUUCUUCAAUAAUUCCCAGUCUUCAUUUGAGAAGAAGAAUGUUAGAAAUGGUCAAGGAUCACAGGCUGGUAUUGCUAGUUAUUUAACAAGUAAUCAAGUUGAGAUAUCGGCUGAGAUUGAUACAAAUAACAGUGGAUGUAGCAUAAAUAAUAUGCCUCAAGGAAGACAAGCUUGGAGUUAUAAUGUUGAUGAGAUUGACCCCUCUAUCAUUGAUGAAUUACCGCCAGAAAUUCAGGAUGAGUUUCGAACAUGGCUUAGGCCUCAUAAGCGGCCUAAUGUGGUUAAACGAGGUUCUAGUAUUACUCAAUAUUUCCGGCCUGACAAAAGUUGAUAAAAUGAUUAUCGACUUUGGUGAUUGGUCUACUGUACAUAUCGAUGUUUUAAAUAUAUGUAAUUUGUCAUUGGCAACUUGGUUUAGAUUUUUAGGGAAUUAGUGCCAGGAACUUUGUAUACUAUGUACCUUUUUAAUGUUAUGUAAAUGUAAAAAUAUA